AUGGGUUCCUGGACCUCCAGGGCCCGGGUCCCCACGCGGGAGCCCGACCCCCAGGAGACGCUGGACCUGAGCCGUCUACCCCCGGAGCUGCUCCUGGUGGUGCUGAGCCACGUGCCCCCGCGUACGCUGCUGUUGCACUGCCGGCGGGUGUGCGCGCCCUGGCGCGCCCUGGUGGAUGGCCAGGCCUUGUGGCUGCUAAAGCUGGCCCGCGACCGCAGCGCUGCCGGCCGAGCCCUGUUGUCGCUAGCCCGCCGCUGCCCCCCGACCCGCGAAGACAGGCCCUGCCCGCUGGGCCAAUUCUGCCUGCGCGGACCACUAGGUCGUAACCUCAUCAGCAACCCCUGCGGCCAAGAAGGCCUGCGCAAGUGGAUGGUGCAGCAUGGUGGAGAUGGCUGGGUAGUGGAGAACAACAAGAGACCUGUGCCUGGGGCCCCCUCACAGACCUGCUUCGUCACCUCCUUCAGCUGGUGUUGCAAGAAGCAGGUGGUGGACCUGGAGGAGAAGGGUCUGUGGCCAGAGCUGCUGGACAGUGGUGGUGUGGAGAUUGCAGUCUCUGACUGGUGGGGAGCUCGUCAUGACUGUGGCUGCAGGUACCGUCUCCUUGUCCAACUUCUUGAUGCUCACCAGAAUGUCCUAGAUGAGUUCUCGGCUGUGCCAGACCCCAUUGAACAAUGGAACAACAACAUCUACCUGCAGGUCACCCACGUGUUCUCCAACAUUAGGAGAGGCGUCCGUUUUGUGUCUUUUGAACACUGGGGCCAGGACACACAGUUCUGGGCUGGCCACUAUGGGGCCAGAGUGACCAACUCUAGUGUGAUCGUGCAAGUCUGUCAGCCCUAGUCAAAGGCCUCCAUCUUGGCAAGACAGCCUGACUGUGCCUUCCAGGAGCUGGGGCUGUUGACUGGAAUUCUUCAUGAAUCAAGCAUUCAUACCUUCCUGGAACAUGAAGCUCUAGGAUCCAGUGGAGGGUCCUGCUUGGCCUUGUUUGCAGAGUCUUGAACACUGGACUCCUCCAUCAGAUCUGCCCAUUGCUGCUGCUUGGGUAGAGCGAGGGUGCCCGGGUGCCCGGGUGCCUGACUGCAUGUUCAUCUCAGAGAGGUCACAAGCUGCCUCUGUUUCAGCGUGAUCCCGCACUGCCUGUCCUCAGUAUUGAUCCCCCAGCCUUUUUUGAGACAGGGUCUCAUGUAUCCGGUGGCUAAAGGCCAAGGGUAGCUUUAGACACCUGACUUCGCCACCCAGGUGCUAGGAUUACAGGCGUGCACCAACACCACCCAGGUUUGUGGGGUGCUGGGAUGAGCCCAGCACUCAGCAAGCCAGGCACACAUUUUACCAGCUAAGCAGCGUCCCCAGCAUUGUCUUCCUGUCACCUCCUGUUUCCGCCUCAGGGACUUCCUUUGUCCCUUUACUGAAGCCCCUCCACUCAUAUCUGAACUUAUGGCUAGCAAAAUCCCAACUCCCGUGUGAACCAAGCUCACAUGGCUACACCCAGGUCUCCUCAUUGAAGGGUGUGUCUGCCCACAGAUUUUCUCCAAACAAUGAGGAAGUGCCUACAGCCCCGGCCCUGAUCCUCAGGGACCUCUGAAUUGUGUAAUAUUUAAAGUUAUUUAUCAUUUUCUCAAACAGAGAGAGAAUAAUAGUAUACUGGCAAUAUCUGUCUGCCAAUUGCACUGUAAUAAAUUAUUUUGCCUAAA